AUGCCUCCUGCCGUUGACGCUUCUGGAGUCAGCGAGCACCGCGGACGCGUGUUGGUUGACUUGACCAGCUCCCGCUUCGUCGGCUUAAGAUCUUCUGAGCACCUUGGUGGAGCAGAGCAGAGCAUCGCUUUUGACCCUUCCGCCGUGAUCGCUGAGCUCAAGGUUGAUUUGCGUGACGCGAGGACUCAGUACGACGCUCUCCAGCGACGACUAGACGCACUGGCGAACUCGGCUGAGCUCAUCGCUUCACUCCGGAAAGCGGUUGCACUGAGUGAAACCCAGCAGUCCAAGAUCGCCGAGACCGAGAAAAGCAAAGUGGCUGCAGUCUUUGCUCAAGCUGAUCUCCAUCAGCAGCAGGUGUUAGCUCGUAACGCUGAGAUCAAGGCGCUGCGCCAGACUUUUACCGACAAGGACACUGCGUAUUCCAUCCUUCAGGGAGUGGCUGCAAAGCACUUCGAGCAGCAACAGAAAUCGGCGCGGCUACUCAACUCCACCAACGAUCAGUCGCUCCGUCACACUCUGUCCACGAUUGAGAAUCAGCGGGCCGUCAUCACGCGUCAGAAGCGAGUGAUUGCUCGUCAAGGCUACAUUUCGAUGCACGGCCCCACAUGGCGGUUGCCGCUGUGUGGUGGA